AGCAGUGCUCCAGGAGGCACCGUGCAGUCACAUGUCAGAGCAGGUUUUGGUCAUGAGCCAGAUCUGACACACCACAGAUCCUUCAUUGAGAGCCCAGCUCCCUCAGCCACCGCUGCCAGGGUUAAUACAAGUGUCAAAAGAACAGGGCUUAAAGACAUUAACUAGGUGAAAGCCAUCUGUCAGCCACAGCGGGGCUGCUGCCGGGGGGACGGUGACAUGUGGACGUCCGUGGCCCUUUAAGAAACUCCAUGUUUUCGCUACAUGAUGCGUCAACAUAAAAAAAGCGGAUGAUGCUGUUAUGUAAAAACACGCUGAAGUGAGCCGUAGUUUGCAGGGAGCUCGGUGAAAGCUUCGCACGCUUCACUUCUUCUUCUAAAGCAGGAUUGUGGUUUAAAGUGUGGGGGUUUUUACGCGUAGCGCACGAAGCGGUGCAGUUUGGAGAGGAGGCGGAGAAGAAAAAGGCUUCAGCCCGAUCAACUCAACAUGAGUCGCCCUCCACUCUGUUUUCCUCCUUCACUCGCGGGAAGCGUACACCUGACGCAUCACCCUCUCGCCCUGUGGAAGUGAUAGAUCGUCCCUCUUUUUCAAUCGGGUUUCUUUUGCAGCCUGCGAGGCGACAGGACACCACAGCCCUCAGCUCGGAUCGCUUCUGGGGCUAAACUGAAAGUGUCAGGACGGGAUCGAGCUGCGAGCUGAAGUAAUGUGUCAGCUAUAGACACACAAACAGAUCCUUCCUCUGUGUGGCGGUGAUCUGUGAACCUGAGAGGAAACUUUCGGGGAUCUCUGUGACUUCUUCCUCCACUUGAGUCGUCUUUUAUCGCCCAAACGAGAGUGUAUGGACCCAGGUGAUGAUCCAUGACGAUGCUCGCUGAAGGGUCUGUCUGAGCUGAAGCCCACCAUCGUAGCACCCCGUUGAUGAAGACGACGUGGUGGAUCUGCUCCCGGACGCUGAGACCAUGGUGAAAGCUCAGCGGAGCCAGCCUGUGAAAUGCGGGAAGCCGCGGAAGGAGAAAGGAAGCAAGGAGAAAGGAGGUGGCGUGAAAAAAGGGAAAGAGAGAAAGAACGAGUUGAGAGGAAGGAAAAAGAAGGAUAAGAAAGAGCUACAUCGACACAGAAAGAAGACACUGGCAGUGGGUGAUGGAGACGCGCUGGACUGUUGCGUCCUGCUCACCCGUCUGGAGGAGAAAGGAGUUGUGGGUAAAGCAAAGGAUGCACUAAAAGCUGGGAAACAAAAGGCGGGGAAAGCCAAGAAGAAGCUGCACUCCAGCUCCAGUCACAGAAGGACCAAAUCUGGACUUAAGAAAACUUCCGCAGCCAAUCAGCAAGCACUGGAACCAAAAAUCAACCAAUCUGACGCCUUACUCAUGUUUCCCGCACAUGUCUUUGAGCCCCGCAGGCGGAGGAUGGCCUCUCUCAAUGCUGAGGCCGUCAACAGCUUGCUGCUCUUCAGAGACGAGUCUGUCGCGUCAAAUCUCGCAAAGAAACGGCAGCCUUCUAACGAAGACAAAGCUAAAGACAGUCUCACUAAAACUGAACAGAAAGGUCAUAAAACCAAAAAGGUUCCUCCGGGAGGGAAAGCGGACCCAAAAGAAAGACCUAAAAAACAGAGGCGGUCAACAGUGGAGGCUCAGAACAUUGACUGGUUGGCUUUGUUUGCGCCUACGCCUCGGCGUCAGGCAGGCCUCACUGCUGCAACACUGCUCAAACUCACCAGCGCCCAGUACGGAAGCAAACGACAAAAGAAGGCGGAGUCCAAGGCGGGGAGUGGGUGUGAAGCAGCAGCUACGACUCAGGAUGAGAUUAGUGGUAAGCAACUGUUGGGAGAAACAACGCUGACCAAAAGAACAACACAUCCCAAACACGAGGACCAACUGAAGCACAUAAAACAGGGUACAGAGGAUCCGGUUCAUUCCCAGCUGGACUCCACCAUCCAGGGUUGCUGUAGCUUGUGUAAAAGCGAGGCUUUGGAUCCGGAGUGGGCGGGCCCUGCAGGGGGACAGGAGUGUCUCAAACGGGAGCUUCACCGCGGCUCUUCGCUCGGAUUCUCCUUGAAAACAAUCAAAGAGGAGCAGGUGGAGGCCGAGGUGUCUUCCUGCUACUGCUGCUCCCAGGAGAGGUGUGUCGAGUACUGUCACAGACUGGCCCUCUUCCUGGAGGACAAGACCUUCAAGGAACCAGAGGACGGCUCACUGUCUGAGGUGUUCCACCAUCAUCAUCACCACCAUCACCAUCACCACCAUCAUCUUCAGCCACCUCACUCCGUAACCCACCCAGCAUCCAUAACCAUCAGCCCGCACACGUACACCUGUUUCCCCGGCUACUACGUCCACUUCAGUCACCCGGACACCUCCCCCUCCCCCAUACCGCCCCUCGCUUUGUGCCCAAAGAGCGGCAAGAGACCCAAGCUGCUCCCCAGCACCGGUCCGCAGCCCUCAGGGAUUACCCAUCCAGUGUACUGCUGCACCUCAGUGGAGGCGUGCUACGGAGAGCCCUGCAGGAUCAACGGCUACUCCUCCUACACCAGUGUGAUUCCAGCCAUCGCCAGAGGAGGGUGCUCCUUCAGCACCACAGACUGCACCAAAUGUAACCACAGCAUCAAAAGAGACGACUACUCAUCCACCCUUAAUGACCAUCACAGUCCCUCCUCCAUCCCCAUCUGUCCCAGCCCCAGAACCCUCACUGGCUGCCCCGUUCCCACUGUGCCUCCAGCCGGCCAAUCAGUGCCCCACGUUCAGACUCCGCUGUCCGACCCCAGCCAACCGCAGCCUCCGCUGCAGGUGGCGAAGGAGUGCCCGCAGAGUGCCAAGUCGCCCAGCGGGUCGAGGUCUGGCGCACGCGGCACCGGCAGCAUCAGCUCGGCUGUCUGCCCUCUCAACAGGGACAAGAAGCAGAAGCUGGGCUCUGCCAGCGUCGGAGGGCGAACGGUUGCCAAGCAGCCGAAGAACGGCCGCCAGAAAUCCACCAACGGCUGGCAGCCAGUUGGCCUGCCCUUUCAGAAGGAGGUUUUCUCUGUGGGAGAGGAGACGCUGGUGCUGAGGAAGUGUUUCGAGGGAGUCCAGAGGGACGGAGAGCUGAUUCGGGUCAGAGACACUGUUCUGCUGAAAUCUGGACCUAGAAAGAAGUCUCUGCCUUACGUGGCCAAGAUCUCAUCUCUGUGGGAAGAGCCGGAGUCAGGAGAGCUGAUGAUGAGUUUGUUUUGGUACUACCGUCCAGAACACACACAGGGGGGACGCAACCCUAGUAUACAUUGUGAGAAUGAGAUCUUUGCGUCUCGUCACCAGGAUGUGAACAGUGUGGCCUGUAUUGAAGACAAAUGCUAUGUCCUAACAUUGGCACAGUAUUGUCGAUUUUGUGCCUUGGUAAAACGCCGUAGGGAGGGUGUGCGCGACUGUGCCGCCUCCCUCAUGGUGCCACCUGUUGUCGGCAACGCCAUGCCCACCCACCACUGUGUGCCCGAUGACGUCGACCCAGAGCUGGUGUUUUUCUGUCGACACGUCUAUGACUUCCGCUACGGACGCCUCCUCAAGAAUCUGCAGUAGCAUCUGACGGGGCAUGACACAUAAUGCUAUAUGGGACGUGAGAUAACGCUGUACAUCCUCCACAACUUUAAUUAGCUCCAUACCUACCUGCUGCCUGCGUGACAGGAACUGGAAGUUUAGGAUGAAGGACUGAGACAUGAGCUUCUUUUGUUUUGAAACCUCUUGUUCAUACUUAACAUGCCACACAUUUAUUUAGUGAGAGUAAUGGCUUGACAUAUUGUAUAAGAGUUAAUAUGGCAGUGUAAUGGUCUUUAUCAUACAUGGCUCUGUGGUGUCGUAGCAGCUGUGUGAAGAACCUGGAACGUACUCUGCUGUAGAAAAUGCUACUGUAGCUCUUAGAAAUGUGACAUUUGAUAAAUAUGAAGACAGGUUGAUGUUACGUGUGAAUUAUGUUACUGUCUGCCUGACAGAUAUCAGACACUCAGUGUGUCUCAAUGAUACGCCAUAACUAAAGAAAAUUGGAGGCAUACAGUUUUAGAUCGGCCCAUGAGAAGAAACAGAGUGGCUGAAGGUUUAAUCACAUCUGUCAUCAGAUUUUUCUGUUACGCACUGCAGUCUUACAGAGAAGCUCCAGAGUGAACAUCUGUGUUCAAGAUGUGCUUAAGGAAUAGUUUUGAGGAAAUUUGCUGUCUUUCCAAAAGUUAGAUGAGAUGAUCGAUACCGCUCUCAUGUCUGUACUGUAAAUAUGAACCUAAUGCCCGCAGCCAGUUGGCUUCAAGCCACCAGGAACAGUGGAAUUACAACUUCUGGGUUUGUCACGGGACGCAGUUGGGCCCAAAAGAGUUUUUCCCAUAGACUUACAAUGUGAAAGAGACAACUAUAAAUUAGUGAAUACCUUUUUUUGAGCGUCAUAACUACUGUGACAUGACCCGUUUCACUAUCAGGAUUUGAUCUAUUCGUUCCAGUAACAUUUCGAAAGUGUAGAAGAGCUGCACGAUUAAAUCAUUUUAUCCCCAUUCAAGUUAAUAUAGCGCUAAACUGGAAGUUAAGGCUGAUUUAUACUUGUGCGUCAGCUCCAUGCAGAGCCUGUGCCGUAGCCUACGCCAUUGGGUGCAUUUAUACUUGUGCAGUGGUCUGUCUGUGUCACUCUGCAGUUACACCUCCAAAACACUAGUCGGUGCUGGGGUUUCUGGGAAGUGCUAUAAAGUUUAAUUGAUUCAAAACACACAUUAAACAUGGCUUAAAUAGCGACAAGCUCAAACACAAGUACACAAAUCAGCUUCACUAUAACUCGCAGCUUUCACAGACAAACACUUUCCCCCCGAAUACAGCAUGCUAACAUUAUAAGCACAAGCCUACGGUAAUUUACAUUGUAUAAAUUAGCCUAGCGUCUAGCAGACAUUUCCUCUACUCAUAAAAAAUAGCGACAACAGCAACAUUUAACAAAGGUAACAUUAGUAAAUUCGUCUCCAUUACAACUCACAAGGUUCACCAACAAAACAACCGUCUUAUACUGAACACGUCUUCCAAACAAAUAUAAAAUUCUAACAUUAUUAGCACAAUUCUUUAGCAUUUUACAUUAUAUAAAUUAACCUAGCAACUAGCUGAGAUUUCCUCUGCUCAUAUGAAGCCAGGAUAAAUCACACGCUUUAUUGUCUUAACAAAAAAGCUUAGUUUCCACUGAGGGAAAUGGUGUCAGCUUACAGAAACAGACAGGAGGUCUGCGUCGCAGCAAUGUGUGGUUACAUUUUUGGGGAGGUGCACGUCAGGCUACGGCGUAGGCUACAUUGUAGGUAAAGCGUUGAUUCGAUGCAGAAGUAUAAGUCCCGCUUUAGCCGCUUUGCCACUCAUAGUCUCUAGUGCACUUGCUCUGUGGGCCCAAUGAUGUUGGAGAUUCUGGUAAUUUUACACACAAAAGUUGAACCGUUUUGGCUUCAUGCACCACUGAGCAACUUUCAUAGGAAGAAACGGCCCCCAACACUGUAUCCAGUUGUCUUUAAACAUCCAUUGUUAGCUUAGCAUGAAUACUGGAAACAGGAAAACAGCUAGCCUGACUAUGGACAGAGUGAGGCUAGCUGUUUCCUCCUGUUUCCAGUCUUUGUGCUAAGCAAAGCUAGGCUAACUGGCUGCUGGCUCCAGCUACACAUUUCCCGGACAAACACGAGAGUAAUAUUCUCAUAUAACUCUUGACAAGAAAGCAAAUUAGCUUUACCAAUUGUUUUACCGUUCUAUCAUGUAAAUUAAUAAUCUUGAAGAUUUUCAUUUAUGUCUGAUAAGUCACUAUCUAUAUCUGAACUAGUAACACAGUAGUGAUUGAGCCUAUGACCCACUGACGAAGCCCUCGCAUUUACAGUAUUAUGAACUGCAUGUUGAGGGUGACAUUACCAAGAAAAAUCACAAGCAGCGCACAGUCAUUCAUAAUCUAGUCUCACACACCAAAAUAAAAAUACAUGUGUGCACACAAACAUACUUUGAAAAAAGCCACAUUUUCAAUACACCAUGUACAUGUGGACUAGGCCUUUAAAGGUCCAGUGUGUAGAAUUCAGAGGCAUCUCUUCGCAGAAAUGGUUUAUUGUAGUCGUAGCUAUGAUUUCAUUAGUAUAUAAUCACCUGGAAAUAAGAAUCGUUAUGUUUUCGUUUCCUUAGAAUGAGUCGUUUAUAUAUACACAGAGCAGGUCCUCUUCCGAGGAGUCUGCCAUGUAGUUCUGCAGUAGCCCAGAAUGGAUAAACCAAACACUGGCUCUAGAUAGGCCCAUUCACAUUUUUAUGUCAGACAUCAUAGUUCCCUUAAGCCCAGUUCAGACCAAAGACAAGUUGAAACAGGCAACUACUUGUGCCAAUGUAUCUAGGUGAGAUGGUGUAUCAUCUCUAUGCAACAACUCUGUACUUUUGUUCUGAUUUCCAGCUUUUCAGGCUUAUUUUGUGGCUGAAUAUAAUUUGUAGCAUCCUAAAAUAUGAGUAAGGAUAGUAGUAAGGAAACAUAAACAAAAAGAGCAUCAGAUGGACUUUAUUCAUAAUAAAUACGCCACAAUAGUAAAAGUAAGCAGCGCCAGUUAAUCAGUCAAAGAGAAUGUGUGGGGGAGACAUGAGCACAUACAGUGAGCAGCAGCAGAGACCCACCGUCCGACACCAGAACACCAUGAAGAGGCAAACAGAGGGCUCGGGAGGGACAUAGCACCUGCCGUAGCAAGCGCACGUCAUUUUGACUUGACCAGUGGACUUUACUACAAGUCGAUUGGCUGUAGAAACAGGUGACAAGGUGCUACCAUCAUCUUCAACGGCAGCCAGUUCACACUGCUUCAACUUUUCUCUGCAGCGUUCUAAAACUGUUUCAUCUUAUUGCAAAUCUUUGGUCUGAACUGGGUUUAUACGCCUGGCACACAGGAAAAGUUUCAGGUCUGCAGCCUCACCACUAAAUCCUUCACACUGGACCUUUAAUGUGCCAGCAAACACACUGCAAUCACAGCUAAUCACCAUAGGCGCCGCCAAAUUAGAUGAAACAGAGAUCUUUGAGAUUGCAACUUUAACAUUUCCAUUCUGAUGUAAUCAUGAUUGACCUGGUGGUCUACGUAGUAAACUCUGAUCACAGCUGUGAGGAAAGUCCUUUAUCAGAAGGUUUGAUUAAAUCCAAGUCAGCUUUAUCACCACUGAUUAAGUCCAUGCGCAGCAAACAAUGACAUGGAGGUGUUUUGGCUCUAUUCUAGGUUUUAUGUCAUAUCUGUAACCCUGGUGAUUCUCACAGUUUAGUACAGACCUGCACUGUACAAAGAAAGCACACUUGAGUUUGUUUGAUUUCGCAGUGUGAAGACGUCCAAUGAGCCGAGCAGUGAGGGGAUUUUUGUUAUGCCAAUGCUGAGGAAUAUUUUACUUUCUCAAAGCUGUUUGCAAGAGGUGUGAUUUGACUCCGCUGUCAGCUAACUGUAUAUUUGCAUUUAUAUAUCUGGAUGAGUGUCUGUUCGUGGCAGAUGGCAUCAGUUAGUCACCUAUAUUCUUGUUUCUUCACCGAUGAGAUGGUGAGUAAUGUAUUCAGUGUAGCAUUUAGAUCUGUGAUGAUGAUCCAUUCCUAUGUUUGAGAGAAGAUAUGUAUUUAUUUCUGUACUGAGAAAAUAUAAUUUAUUUUCAAAAGAUAAUUUUAAAGAAUAGAGUUUUAGAUGAGUGGCUUUCAUUCCUGAUUAGAAAGGAGGUAUCUCCUUCUUAGCUGCACUGUCUAAGAUGAAAAGUGUGAGUCAUUUGCGAUAGUAUUUCUGUGACUGACUGAGCUUGCUUGCCCAUUACAAGCCUGUUAAAUGUCGUGUUGAGAUGUUGAAGUCCUCCGGGCAGAUUCGAGGACACAUUUAGAAGGAUCUCAGAUACAGUUUGAAUGACGCCUGCUAACAUGUGACCAGAGAUGCUUAACCUGCAGGACCAAAAUGUACCUUGGCCUCUCCCAGCUUCUUGUCAUUCUCCUGUCACUUCUCCUCAGAUGAUAAAGCUUUGCCUCUUCACCUUUAAAUGCCGAAUGCUACGAUGAUUUAAACCUACCUUGCCAUUAGCCUGUGCCCUUGAUCUUGCUGCCUUAUAGAACAUUCCCAGCCUUUCAUUUAGAAGUGUGUACCGAUAUCAGCCUGGGGUUAUGAAGCUUCUUAGUGUGCUGAUCUUGAUUCCUAGAGACUUGAGAUGCAUCUCAGGUUCAUCGCUUUCAUGUGAACUGAAAGACAGAACUGAUCCUUGAUCAACACUUUCAUUUUGACAAAAGUCUGCCCAAGAUUUGUUUCAAAUUCAAAGUGAUCUGUUAAAGAAGGAAUAGUUAAACACUUGGGAAGUACGCUUGCUUUAUUUUCUCGUCCAGAGUUAAAUGAAAAGAUUGGGACCACUCUCAUACCUGUAUGCUAAUUAUGAAGCUGGAGUCAGCAGCAGAUUAGCCUAGCCUAGCUUAGCAUAAAGACUGCAGAAAGAAAACAGUUGGACUGGCUCUGUCAGAAAAGGCAACAAAAUCCACCCACCAGCACCUCUAAAGCUCACUGAUUAACAUGUCUGUAAACAUCAAAUCUUUGUGUCUUUAUGCUAAGCUAAGCUAACUGUCUGUUGGCCGUCGUUUCAUAUUUAGAGUACAGACAUGAGUGUGAUAUUGAUGUCUCUUCUAAAUACCUUGAAACACACGGAACAGCAUAUUCUCACUCCCAACUUGUUGAAUACCGACACUUGGUCAGUGGCUGUACAGGUCAAACUAUGACACUAUAGGUACCCUCUAGCAUCAGUUUGGGACAUUCAGGGACGCCAUGUCAUUUACUCUUGUUUCAUGCAUUGUGUAUUUUCAAACUUAACUUCCAUUUGCACAGGAAAUGUCCAGUUCUUGCUUGUGAAGUGCAUACAGUCGCUUUUCAAAAUAAACAUACCUUUAGUUUUAGGUUUACUUCCUAUGGUUAAGGCAGCACGUGCUUAGGUUUAGAAAAAAGUAUCAUGGUUUGGCUUGAAAUAAGAAAUUUGAAAUUUGUGACAAACAUAAUGUAUACAUCACAAGUUAUUGAUAUAACUUACCUUCAGUUUCACACAGGAAAUGAACAGUGGUCUCCCAAGUGAAAGUCCAGAUCCUGUUUGACCGAUUCACCUCCCCUCCCGCCUGCCCUACGUGGACACCCUCACUCUUUAUACUAUGGCAGUUUCUCAGAGCCUCGAAAAAUUAUGCCGCCCAGUCUCUCACUGCUGCCUGGUGCAUUGGUAUCUGACGCUGAGGGCCACUGACCAAACUAUGAUAUUUGACAAGUUGGGAGUGAGAAAUAAACAAAUAAUCGACAUGAAAAUGCACAACUCACCUGUUAAAAUUAUGCAUCAAAACUAUGCGAAAUGAAUAUGCAACAGUUGUUUUGGCGUGACAUUAGUUCCACACAGCAUGAUUGGUUGAUGUCUUUAUGCCUUUUUCUCAGUACAAAAACUCGGCCUUGGAUCAGAAAAACAAAUGACAGCUUUUUUGCCGUGAGAUAAUCACAUUCUGUGUGGAAGUAAUCAUGAAACAAACAGUUUGAAAAAAUAUAUAUACAAACUACUGCACAAAAGAAAAAAGCCUCCGAUGUGUAAAGGCCUUAACUCUCGACAAGACAGUGCUAAGUGUAUUUCCCAAAGUAUUGAACUGCUCCUUAAGGUUUGUGGUUGUGUGCUUCUCAAAGAACAGCGGCUGCAGUCAGCUUGAAUUCCAUCCGUUUCAAUGCAUUUCAGUUGCUACAAGUUUUCACGGUGGACAAAAAGUAUCAAAACGUCCACAGAAACUUUUAUAAUCCACUUCUUCUUUAUAAUCCAGCUCUCAGCUGUCCAUCUGUACUCUCAUUAUGUUCCAAACAACAAGACACAGCUUCCUGGCAGAGCUUCAGGGAGAGAGGAAAUGAAUUAUGCUGUCGGAGUGUUUGAGACUUGUCACCAUUUGAAUCCUCUGUAUGCGACAUGUUUUAAGGUGACCACAAACGCUGUUCUGCAUCAACGGUGAUCUAUUUACAGCCACCUUAGAAGCACAGGGGGUAUUAGAUUGUAGAUUUUGUGGGUGGAGUAUCACUUGAAAAUGCCCACAUCCUGCCUACUUCUGCUUUACUCCCUGUACAGAGGGUUGAGUAGAUGACUCUUGUAUGUUGAAUCACAAAAAUAGAAUUCAGUAUAAUUAAUUAAUGGAUUAAUAUUUGACUUUCAAACAAGCCUCGUCUGAUUAACAUGUUCAUAAUAUUAAUUCACUUCAUUAAGCUGAAAUAGAAAGAGUACACCAUGCCGUAUCAUCGAACCAAAAGUCUGUAACUGAAGCAAACCUUCUCGAUUGACUGAAGCAUUUUACUGAAUAUUGAUGGAUGGUGGAUGUACAGUAGUAAAGCCCACACAGCACAAUCCAACAAAGCAAAAUUGGGUAAUCUACAUUGGGUUUGAUUUGGUUCAGCAAUUUAAAAUCCCCCUGGGUGUUCUGGAUCAGAGUUUAAAACCACACACAGUCCAUAUUAUGGCCUUAGGAAUCACUCAGCAAACUAAUUAUGUUUAAUCAAGAUGUGUGAUACUUAUGUCUUAAUUGGUCCUCUGUGCCUGUUCCCAUUAACCCGUCGUAUAUACUCCCAACGUUUUCCACCAAGAGAAGGACAAGCUGUUGUUUUUACCCACCUUCCAAAUGCCUUUCAUUUUUGCCAGAUGACGCUGGUCUGAUCUUGAAUCACCACAAAGAAAUGUUUGCACCAAAAACAAAAGGAGAGAGGAGGGGAAGGUAUCGAAACAUGAAUUUAAUUUCAUUCCCAGAUGUACAAAAAAAAAAAAAAAAAACCUUAACUUUGGUUCUUCUGAUGUGAAUUUAUGUUCAUAUUCUUUGCAUGGCAUUUUUGGAAAUAUCUUGGAAAUAUUAAUCACAGCACAGAUUAUUUGUAUGGUUUCAAAUGGACCUCUGUAAUAUAAGAAAAAUAUUUAAUUGUAAUAAAUAAUAUAUGAGUUUGAA